AUGGUUAAUCGCAUAUUCGCAUCUUUCCAAGUGGUGUUUUUGCAGUGUGCCGUACGAAUGGAAACAGCUACACAUAACCCUAUCGUGCUAACGUGCGCUGGUGAAGCCCUAGUCACCAUGCUAAUUUCGGCUCUGGUCAAAGCCCGGACUUUGGGUCAAUUUAAGGAAUCCUUUGGGCUACUGACUGAUAAACCUAUAAUCAAAGGACAUUGUAACCCACCUCACUCCUCGAAGCCACUAGACGCUGAAGGAGAUGACCACAAUGACAAUGAGGAUGAGGAUGAUGAUGCAGAUGGCGGGUUUGGUGAAGGCGAGGAGGACUUGUCUUCAGAAGAUGGAGGAGAAUAUGGCAACAACCCCAACAACAAUAAGAGUAACUCAAAGAAGGGUCCAGGAGGGGCAGAACAGAACGGGGAAGAUGAAGAAGACGACGGGGAUGACCAAGAUGACGAUGACGAUGACGAUGACGACGAUGAUGAUGAUGACGACGAUGAUUGUGGGGAUGAUGGCGAGGAAGAAGUAGUUGAGGAAGAAGAGGAGGAAGAUGAAGAGGAAGACGAGGAGGAAGAGGAACUCCAGCCCCCAAAGAAGCGCAAGAAGUAA